AUGUUGAAAUCAAGAAACAAGAGCAAAAGCAAACAAGAGAACAAGUCACAAGAAGUGAAGUUCCUUGGAGUUAGGAGGCGUCCAUGGGGAAGAUAUGCAGCUGAAAUCAGAAACCCUUUCACAAAAGAAAGACACUGGCUUGGAACAUUUGAUACAGCCGAAGAAGCUGCUCUAGCUUAUGAUGCAGCUGCCCGAUCCAUCAGUGGAUCUCUAGCUAAAACCAACUUCUUCUAUACUGAAAACAUCUCUUCUCUACAAAGACAACCACAACCGUCGCUACAGUCUUCAUCAGACAAAGAUUUUGUUAACCCUAUUGCCUCUUUGGGACCUGAUAUGACUUGGGGAUCUUCUAGUUUCUGUUUUCAUCAUGACCAGCCACCGGAAAACAGCCAUUUUCUUGUUGGUCCUAUCUCUUCUUCUUCUUUGCAAGAACAACAGUUUCCUGUUAAUCUCACUAAUUGUUAUGAUUAUGAUGAUCAUGUUGGUAGAAGCAGUGAGGUUUCAUUACCUUCUUUGCCCAAUGAUAUGUCAAGCAGUUUCUUUGCUCAUCAGGACAACACCGGUGAACAUGGCGAUGCAGACCAGAUGAAGAUUGGUUCGGUUCUCAGCGAUGAACCUCAUUGCUCUGACUCUGAGUAUGACUUCCUUUUAAGCAACAUGCCCACUUCUCUUCUCAAUGAUGUUAAUGGAGAUCCUCCUCAGGUUAUUGAGUCUACUUCUUUGUCAUCUUUCAUCUGA